AUGCAAUUUUAUAACCGAAAGUAUGGCACAAAUAUUAAAAUUAAAAAAGACGCGCGUACAGCAUACCGUAUUGGGCAUUGGCGGCAAAAGUCAAAAAGUGAAGGCGGCUGUCUUGUGCCUAAAAUUACAAAUAUAUUACCGUCAGAAAAUAUCGGAGGUGAAUGCAUAGUGAAUCCGAGGGGAUAUAGAAUUAGCGGAUACUUCAUUUAA